GAGUUGUUUCAAGCGGAAGCGCAGCGGAGCCAUAUUUACUGCAAGAGCUUUCUCGAUAGACGGCAGAAGAAAGAUAUCAGUGUACCGUGAGAGUCUGAAUCACUGGCUGCGUUAGAUAGGUUCGUACGAGCAACAAGGGAAAUUACAUUAAUUGCUAUUGGAUAUUUUGUUUAAGGACAAUUGCAGGGAAAAGGAGUCAUUGGAGUAAUAACCGAGCAAUUCUUGGUCGCCUGAGGUUAAUCUGAGUUCGUUUCGCUAUUGUGAUAAUGGCAAGUUCCGAGUUGGAGGCAACGUCGAAUAUUAAAACCAGUGAUACCAAUUUCCUAGAAAAUACAAGUUGGAGGCCAGGUCAUAAAUGUAACACUUUCACACUGAUAUAAACCACCGGAAUAACUGGAUGCUAUGUUAAGAUUUGCAAACGCCGAACGGAGCGGAUCAACGUAACACAAACGAUUCACAAAUUUGCACGGGAAUUGUAAAAUUCAUCGUUUUGUCAGUACAUGCACUUUGAUAAAGAACACUUUCUCAGGGAUAUUUGAGAAACAAAAACAUCAUCGUUGCCAGCGGAAUCGACUUGAUUUUAACCAACCUGCAUGCUGCUUCGAAUUCAACUGAUUCAAUUCUGUUAAGCCUUCAGAUUCCAAAUGCAAUGAUGACGUGAUAAGGAUAGAACUGCAAUAACAAAUCAAAUUCCAAGAUGAGAGAAUUACGCAAUAGAACUCUCAGGUGUUCGAACUGCGCAGAUGGCAGUUCGGAGUCCAUGUACGCAGGUGAUUGUGGUCACGUGACUUGUCCGAAGUGUGCCGGAAUCGAACAAAGUACAAACGGAGAUGUCGCCGAUGCGGACGGUGAGGAUUACUCGCUGUUGAACGGAGGAGUACGGAAUGGCGUCGGGGCAAAUGAGUGUCCGACUUGUCAAAAAUUUCUGCUCUUCCCUGGGGAGUUGCAUAAGUUACCGGUGACUUUUAGUUCGUUUAGCCUUGUGGAGAAGAUGCAACUUCAGAACAGUACUAUGCCUGUCAGUGAUGAGGACUUGGGGCUUAACUCCAACAGCAGUACGAGCACGAGCAGCUACGGGGGUGAUGAACGGGACUUCCAGAAUAGGUCCACACAACCAUUCGUCGCCGACGAAACAACUAUGAAAUGCCGUGAACAUCCUUUGAGUCAGAUGCGUAUCUAUUGCAAAACUUGCCGGUUCGUAUUCUGUACGAAAAAAUCGUGCGCGGCGCGCCAUGUUGAUCACGUGACAGCAGAUUUGCAUCACGUGUUGAGAGAUGCUGAGGACUAUAUUCAAAAGCGCAUGCGUAAGGUUGGAAAGGUGCGGGAGAAAGUUUUAGAGCGCGAGCACGUGUUCAAGCAGAGAGUCGAGCGGAAAAACACGGCUUUUGAAAACAUGGAGUACCAGGUUCGGAACAUUGCAAAACUGUACCACGAAGCGAUUGAUCGGGCGGAGCGUAGCAUGUUGUGUGAGAUACGCCACGAGCGUGUCAGUUUUGACCGCGCGGCGGAGAAAAUGACAAAUGUGUUGAAAGACGCUGAUACGACCUUGACCGCUCUGCUGAAAAUUAAGGAUAUUUUCAUCGGCAAUCGGAGCAGAGUACGAGCGGAUAAUGUUUUGCACAUGAAAACGUUCCUCCGAGCAAAUGAGGACAUUUUCGAGAACGUCGAGGCUCCUGGGGCCCCGAAGGAGUUAGACUUAUCUUUCCAUAAGGGGAUCUCAUUUUUGGAAAACACAGCCUUCUUGCAGAAGAAAUCGUCGCUGUUGGGAAAGCUGGUUGUUUCCGCGAAUAGACAGGUGUAUUGCGUUGGUGAGAUUAAGUGUAAAACUGCUGCUGACAGCCGGGUACCAAAUUUGACCGGGUUGGCAAUCCUCCCCGCCGGGGAAGUUGUUGUCGUUGAUUGCGCGAAUGAGAAAGUGAAACUGUUCACGAGCAUUGGCCCCGCGAACGUAACGACUAAACAAUACAGCUUGGAGUGGGAGUCACGUGGGAUAAAUGACCGGUCCCCAUUGGAUAAGCCAAGUGACAUAGCAGUUCUGUCGAGUGGUAACUUCAUUGUAACUAACGAGGGGUUGGCAAAACCGUUAGAAUUCACGCGAGAAGGAGAAAUAGACCAUUACAGCAAGUUGAACGGGAUCGGUGGAAAUAAUCUAAUUGGCUGGACGAGCGUUGCUAUCGACAACGACAAAGCUUUUUGGGGCUGCUGGGACAGGAUGAACUCUGAAGGAGUUGUGUUAAUGCCGGAUGAAGAAUUAGAGAAACGAGAACGAAAAUUCAGUUUGAAAUGUUUCGUUUCGACGCGGGACCGGUGUCCCUCGAAAAUGACCGUCCGUGUUGACCCAUACAGCCGCCGCGUAACCAGUAUGGUCAUUAGCAUGGACUGCUGGCGGACUGAGCCCCCAAAUGGCAUCACGGCGCUGGGGGGCAGCACAUCCGCUUUAAACAAUCUAAGUUACAGUUGUCUCGCUUUUGUCCGUCGUGACGGUGACAUGAAAUACAUUCAGUCGUACGGUGAUAUAGUCGAUGUUUGUUAUGCGCAGGACGGAAAUGUAUUAGCAGCCGAUCGAGCAAAUGAUCGCAUCUUGUUACUCAGCGACCGCGGUGCCUUUCGGAAAUACCUCAUUGAAGCGGAAGACGGAUUGGAGGCCCCGGUAGGCGUGGCUUUAGACAACGAUGGACACAUCGUUGUGGCACAAAAAGACGGUGUCGUGAAAAUCUUUAGACUGUUUGAAACGUGCAUGCUGUGAAGGUCAAGGUCAUUCUUCAUUAUUCAUAGUGUGAGAGAGAGAAUUUCCUUGCAUUCCCGAAAUCAUUGGGCCCUGCAUUCGCCUCUUUCCUCAAGCAGAAAUCAUGUAAGACUUGCGGUCAGGUGACAGGUUUUGACCAAUCAAAAUCCCUUAUGUGAUCAUGGCCGUGCUGUCUGUGCCGACCAAGCAUGUUAGCUCUCUUCUAAUUGGUCAUUGCCUGUCAGGAAGUCCCAAAUUGCUGCUUGAGGAAAAUGGCCAAUGUGAUGAGGGUAUAUAUGGUUUCUCACCCUCAACAAGGAUGACCAAAGGAUGGACUCCGGACCCUUUCAUUCAGCAGGUCUCGUCCAUGCAUUCGUAAACUGGCCCGCUACCGGUCUUGUCUGUAUUCCCCCUUUAAGAUUUCACAGUAUCACUUGUUUAUAAAUAAAACACCUUAGAGAUGAUCUA